AUGAACCUCAUGCAAGUAGACUCUGUUCAACGUUGGAUGGAUGACCUGAAAUUAAUGACAGAUUCUGAAUGUAUGUGCAUUCUUCAGUCCAAACCAAUCAGUACAGAUGACGAUUCCCAAAGUGAACUUAUCGUUUCCUCCCAAGAUGACUUACAAAAUAGUUUGGAAAUGCUUUUAAAGAGAGCAUGGAUCAUAAGCACUGAGCUUACAAAAAUUGUCCAAAAGCUGGAAAAGAACAAGUGGAAGAGAGUCCACAAUAUGACGAUGAGGACAAACUGCCAUGUACGAUCAAUGAUAAAAGAGUACAAUACUUUUACAAAAACGUCAUCAGAUGAAAUGCAUAAGUAUGAAACUUUGCUAAUGGACAAAUGUUCCGAACUGACAGAAAUUACCUUUAGGUGCACUCAGACCGAUGACAUCGAGCUCCUGUUAUCUAUAAAAAUGUGCAUUAAUGAAACUCUCACAUCGGUUGGGCAAAGUUUUAGUUGUCUGAUAAAUCUUGCCUUAAGCCAAGAAAUAAAGAGCCUGGUUGAACAGAUGGAGACUUGUGAUAAUAUAUACAGCAUGGAAACUGCAAUUCACAAUUUAUUUAGCCUCACUCAAGAAGGUUCGCGACUUUGCCAGCUGGUAGCUCAGGAAGGUGCUGUUGUUGUACUUUUCAAGAUUUGCCGACAAGACUAUUUUCGGUGCCUAUAUCCUUCUGCACUGAGAACUUUGGCAUCGAUUUGUUGUGUUGAAGAUGGAAUUCGCCAACUAGAGAAGGUUGAUGGGAUAUUGUGUUUAACUGAAAUUCUUACGGAUCAGUCUCAGUCUGAGUGCACAAGAGCGGAAGUAGCAGCGGUUAUAGCCCAGGUCACAUCGCCUCAUCUCACUUUCACCCAGCACCUCAGCAGCUUUCUAGAGAACAUGGAAGAAAUUGUUACAGCUCUUUUGCGGCUAUGUGAAGAAGCUUCCUCUGCAGAAGUUUUUCUACUUGCGUCUGCUGCAUUAGCUAAUAUAACAUUUUUUGACACGCUUGCUUGUGAAAUGCUGCUUCAAAUGAAUGCAAUGAAAAUUCUUCUAAAUGCUUGUUCUGACAAACAGCGGAUAGACACUGCGUAUGCUAGAGAUCAAAUAGUUACGAUUUUAGCCAACAUGUCUAUUCUGGAUCAGUGUGCUUCCGAAAUUAUACAAGAAAAUGGCAUUCAGAUUCUUAUUGGAAUGCUGUUUGAGAAGUCUUCCUCUGGAAAUUUAGCCGAAAUCUCAGCUUGUGAACGAGUUCUACAGAAAUCUGCCGUUACACUUGCACGACUGGGUCGGGAUCCUGAAGUCUCACUUAUAGCAAUAAAAAAUAAUUGUAUCCCCCGUCUUAUAGAACUGUGUCGCUCACCAGACGAGAGGUAUAGCAGUGAUGCGGUUCUUGUGGCGAGUCUGGCUGCUCUGCGAAGACUGGCUCUGAUAUACCCAGAUAAAGUUGAUGAGUCAGAUUUUCAACAGCUGGUGAAACCACGACUUGUGGAUUCAUUUUUACUUUGUUCAAACAUGGAAGAGAGUUUUGUAUAGCAAAUCUGUAAAUAAUCUAAAAUAUUAUUGCAAAAAAAAAAAAACUUACAUGAAUACUAUCAAGUGAAUGUUUUUUUUUUUUCAUCAAAAGUGAAUCUUAGUACGGGCCCAAAACCAGAAGCAUUGGCUCUUGUUUACUGGACAUUUUUCUAUAAUGAAGUGCGGUGAAUCAUUGUAUAUGGAUUUGCUAUA